AAUUUGCAUGGAUAAUUCGAAAAAAUCCCCCAGCUCCUCUUACAAAAAGUUCGAAGAGCGUUGCAAAGUGAUUUUCAAGAGGUACAAGAAGCAAGAUCUAAGGGAACUAUGUGAGAAAAUAAAGGUUAAGUACAGGAAGAGGACCGAUUAUAAAUAGUCUCAUGAGGAUUAUCACUGAAAAUAUUCUAUCUGAUUAUAAUUCUUACCUAAUCAUAAAAACUGAAAUGAAGAAAUUCCCUGAGCAUCCGAAGUAUGAUGAGAACACUGCUCCUGAGAGAGUCAAGAAAACAGACACCUCAAUCGAAGAGGGUGAAGUCAGAGUUAAGGAAGAGAACAGCUUGAAAUAACCUUAAAAUCCCAAAGGAAGUCUUGAAGGACUCCACGAAUAUUACCAAUGCCAUGCGUACAGCACUUAAAGAGUCUCACCAAGACAAGGUUGAUGCUAAAGCAUUGGCACAAACGAAAUCGGCUGAUAAUACAACUAAAAAAUCCAAAUACGAAGAGGAAAAGAAAGAAGAAAAUAAUUUAGAGACUUCUCAAAAAGCCAAAUAAAGCGAAUGUCUUUCAAAAGAAAAUUGAAGAGAUUACCUACUCUGACUUAAAGAACUGUAAGAAUAGCAAACUUCUUCUCGAUCUUCAUGACAGAAGAGAUGAGAACUGUUUCCUUCCAGAAGACACUAAGCUCUUCAAUGAUCAUGAUAGAAGGAACAAGAAAAAUUCAAGAUUUAUUGACUGUACCUGAGCUGAGGAUCAGAACAAUUCUCAGUAUAUGAGAUCAAAGGACACUUGUUAUUACUGAAUUUUGAAAAAUAUGAACCCAUUCUCACUUCCAGUGUUAACCUUAUGUGCUCCCUACAGAAUGCCCAAAGCCAGGCCUAAUACUCAUGCAAAGAACCUAGUUGGGUUCGAUGUGGCUGCUGAUGUAAUUGCUUUCUUGGAAGAGAGACCUAGAGUGAAGCAUAAGUUUCAGAAAUAUCGUGCUGAGAUCAGAUGUAUCCCUCUAAGCCAGGCUCCAGUGAAAGUGCAGUACCCUGCAAUGACCUCACUCGGGUUAAUAGGAACCAAGUUUCAAGUCAACCUAGUACCUGACUUGAAGAACAGGUCUAAGAAAAGAAGAGAUAGAACUUACGAUGUUACUGAGUAUCUCAAAGAGGGAAGAAAUUGGAUCAAUGCCACACAAGUCAUGCAAGGAAUCGAAGAAAGUAGCUUCUGCAUAGCUAUUUUCCUUACUAAAUAGAUUCAUAAUUAACGGCCAGAUAGAUUUAGAUGGAGGAAUCAGUCAAUUUGAAGAAUAUGUGAAAACCCGAAGAAUAAUACCACUCAAGGAUUCACUUCAGAUGGUCAGAGAGAAACUAGGCAUAAAUACAAGACAAGAUAAUAGCGUUAUAGAUGAGGCAUCACAAAAUGAAAUUGGAAUGAUCAAUACUUUCAGUCUUAGUUUGCUCUGUCCUUUGACUUUAUCCAAAUAAAACUAUCCCUGCUCGGGGUGAAAAUUGUUCCCACUUGGAGACUUUCUGCUUAAGGAACUUUGUAGAAAUUAACAAAAGAUACCCUAAAUUCUUAUGCCCAAUUUGAAAGAAGCCAUGAUUCGAGCCAUAUGCUGAUCAGUUUCAGGAAUAUAUUCUAUCUCUAUUAUUAAAGAACGGUGUAACUGAAGAGCUCGAAAGAAUAUAUAUUCAUAAAGACUUAAAAAUUUAUUCCGAUGAAACUUUAGAUAAAGAAGUUGCAGAUUUAAAUCUUCCUAAGGCAUCUCAAGAUGUUCCAAAACCAUGCUUAGAUAUUUCUAAACAAACUCAAAAGAAUGAUAUAUCUAUUCAAAAUCCUCCUGAGUCAUCUCCAAAAUCUAAAACAGGUGAAGCCAUUCCCGAGGUCAAAACUUCCAUAAAACCACCCCAAAAUCUAAUUUGCCCAAUUCCAAUUCAAGAUCACAAAGAACCCCAAAAUCCUCCUAUUUCUCUCAUAAACCUCCUUCAAACUCAGCAUCAACGCAAGCGUGACCUUAAAUACCACUCCAAGAUUCACUCUCACACCCACUCAAAGUCUCCAAUAGACCUUUCAGCUAGUCCGAGUCCUGAAGUAAUAUCUCUGCUAGAGUCAGACUAAAUUC